AUGUCAAUGUUCGGAAUGGGUCGUCCUCAGCCAUCCUCGCAAGAGAAAAUCGCUGCUGCUGAGCAAGAGAUGGAUCUUAUUACUGAUAUGUUCAACAAACUCAGUCAGUCAUGCAUUAAGAAGUGCAUUCCUAAAGAAUACCGCGAGGGCGAACUCAACAAAGGCGAGGGUGUCUGCAUUGAUCGAUGUGCGGCAAAGUUUUUCGACGUGCAGAUGAAGAUCUCCGAGUUAUUACAAGCAGAGGCAGCAGCUAAAGGAGCUGGUGGCGGUGGUUUUGGAGGUGGUGGUUUUGGAAUGUAA